AUGCGCUUGAAAUCCGUUGACGCUCCCCCGAAUCGAGUAACGGUAAUUGCUGAACAAUCUGAACUACCGAACACAAUUCUACCACCAACACAAAUCGAAGAAACUCGAAUCGGUACGGUAAGCCCACCACUACCAGCCUUAGUUAGAAGGAUGGAAAAUGAGAACGAAAAUCCGUUUCGUCCUGAAGAAACGCUCUUUCAUGAGGUAGACCCUAUCGUUGAAGCGUACAUGAAAAAACCGUAUCCACCUUCUUUAUCUGGCUCACCAACUGGAACACCUGUAAAAUCACCGAAUCAAGCGUAUAUUAACGUAGAUUGUUAUUAUGAUUUAGGUAUAUCACCGUCUUCAUUAGUAGCCGAUAAAGAAAUGGAAAAGCCAUCAUCAGAAACGAGUCCACUGACCACACCUGUUAAGAAUGGUGCUGCAAGUGAUUGUCAAGAUGUACCGAAAGCCAGUCAAGUGGAAUGUGUGCGCAUUGAAAAGAAGAAAAAGUGCGGUUGUUGUAGUAUACAAUAG